AAAUAGCAAACCUGCCUAAAGAAACGCAAUAAUUAGAUACGAUAUUGUUCCAUUGGUUCUGUUCCUUCUCGGUUAUCCUUUUCCACCGUCUCAGGUAGCCAACCCGGGUAGCGAUUCCCUCGCUGUCGGUUUCUAACGUCCUCCAACGAUCAGCAAUGCCCAACGUCAGGCCCGCGCCGACACAAUGUGUUGGCCCCGACUACCGCUCCGAGAGCCAAAAGCCGACGGCGGCGGUCUCGACCGAUGUGAAAGUCGACACGGUCACCAUCCUCCCGCAGACUCCCCAGCUGAUUGCGCUGCUCUCCAUCAUCCGAGACAAAAACACCCAGCGCGGCGACUUCAUCUUCUACUCCAACAGGAUCAUCCGGCUCCUGGUUGAGGAGGGCCUCAACCAUCUCCCCACCGUCGAGCACACGGUCACUACGCCAGUCGGACGCUCGUACGAUGGGUUGGCGUUCCAGGGUAAGAUCUGCGGCGUGUCCAUCAUGCGAGCCGGCGAGGCCAUGGAGCAGGGGUUGAGGGAGUGCUGCCGGUCCGUGAGGAUUGGCAAGAUCCUGAUACAGAGAGACGAGGAGACUUCUCAGCCCAAGCUCUUCUACGACAAGCUGCCCGAGGACAUUGCCGACCGAUGGGUGCUUCUGCUUGACCCUAUGCUUGCGACGGGCGGCUCUGCCAUCAUGGCUGUCGACGUGCUCAAGUCGCGCGGUGUGCCAGAGGAGCGCAUCCUUUUCCUCAACGUGCUCGCGAGCCCCCAGGGCAUCCAGAAUUUUGCGACCAAGUUCCCCAAGCUUCGGCUGGUAACGGCUUUCGUGGACCAAGGGCUUGACGACAAGAACUACAUUAUACCCGGUCUUGGAGAUUUUGGCGAUCGGUAUUAUACCCGGUGAAGCAUGGCUUUUCAAAGGAUCAGUUAGCGUUUGCAUAAAGACACAGCGUAGUAUUACAGAUUCUGUCCAAUGAAGUGGCCCUGCGCCGACCCCGGCCGGCGUGAACUGGUAUCGACCGCUUUCCUCGCGGCUCCUAUAUCCCAACCCGAAUAACAGUACAGAAACAUCCAUCUUCCCCAAGCCUCAUAGUCAAUCGUAAUCUUCAUCGUCGCCGACGAUACCCUCGCCUUCAUAGCCGCCCUCGCCUUCAUCCUCCUCGUCCAUCCUCUGCCUCGAUUCGCCUACCCGCCUG